AUGCACUUCUCUAAGACCCUUGCCACCGCGGCUACCUUUGCCAUGACUGUCUACGCCGGCUUCCCUGUCGCCACCGUCAGUUUCCUGUCCUGGGAGAAGUGCGACGUUGGCUAUCCCGCAAUCGGCGAGCCCAAGUUCUCUGCUGAUGUGAGCGCCACUCCCGUGACUUGCGACAAGACUCCUGUCAACAAUGACUGGAGCAUUGACAACUAUUCAUUCCGCGCUCGCUUGGACACCAAGGACACGUUCUUCUGCCAAGGUGUGAUCAUCUGGAACAAUGAGGGCUGCUCUGGCGAGCCUGUGCACUUCCUGCCUUUCCACCACGGCCCAUUCACUGAGGGCAAGUGUAUUCCUGACAUCCUCGAACCUGGCUAUGUCUCCUUCAAGCUGGCUUGCCACGGUUUCUACUAG